UUAGCUUCUCAAUUUAAUGGCACACUUAAGCUAGCUGUCAACUCGGUCACUUUAGCCCUUCGGAAUUCUGUUUAAAGAUAAAACCAGCCAGCUGGAGUUCAUGGUGAACAUCAAUAUCAAGUUAUUCUACAACACUGCUUCUGUUCAAAUACAAAACAAUGGUUUAACAUGUAGGAGAGACUUACCACAGUUCAGUGACGGGAUGUUGCAAUGUGGAUGGCCAUGCAACGUCGACGCUCGUUUUACUUUCACAAAAUGCGUGUUGCCGCCAACAUAUACAUGACAUUACGCGUGAGCGCUGACGUCCCAGCUUCGAACGUCACAAAAUUGUGGAUCAGUUCGCCGCAUUCCUGUUAUGCUAACGUAACGCCGUGGCUGAAACCUUUCCAGACAGUCACAAACACUUAUGAUUUUCCAUCUGGGGUUGCUCCUUGUUACACGCGAUUUGGUCUGGACUGUAGAGAGUGCUGCUGAAUGAAUUUCAUAAUGCCCAAAAUCACCUGACUUGCGAAAGCAGCUCUGAUAUUGGAACAACACGAGGUACACAUGAGAUGCCAUCCGACCCUCCGAGGCCUCCCAGUGAACCUGCUGGCGGAUGACUGAUGUCUUCAAAACCUGCAAUUGCAAAGAUGAACCAGACAUUGCUGACACUCCUCACUGUGGUCACUGACGCUCCUGGUGCGGUCCGCUUCAGCCAAAGUGAAAGGUGGCUGUGGAUGGAUUUGUCUGUUUCUCUGGGGGUGGUGAUGGAACAGUGGAUAAGACAUAUGCCUUUGGUGUGAGAGACCCGGGUUUAAUUCCCCAUUGUGACACGUACACCAACGUGUCCCUGACCUGGACACUUUACCCCUAGUUGCUCCAGGGGCAUGCGACCUCUGACAUAUAAAGCUAUUGUAAGUAGCUUUGAAUAAAAGCGUCAGCUAAAUGUUUAUGUAACUCAUGUACAAACUCCUGAAAGCACUUCUGAACUGGCCGUUCAGGCCAGCUGUGACAAGGUCCACAAGAUAAGGUACAUCGACCUGUUCGCCCGGGCGGAGGAGUAUGAAGACUCCCAGACCAAGCCUCCCAAGUCCCGCCGUAAGGCUCCAGCCCCAUCGCCUGGCUCCCGGAAAGAAGUGGCUCCACCCCCCAACAAUGAGGAGGAGAGCACCUCCAGCAGUGCGUCAUGGAGAAACACAGUACAAUAAAGAUGGCCUGCUACAAGGCCAGGCUAUAGAUUCACCUUUGUCUGAGAUCGGCCUGCAGCAGGCCGACGCUGCAGGCCGUUACCUGAAAGAUGUCAAGUUCAGCAACGUGUUUGUCAGUGACAUGAUUCGGGCCCAGCAGACUGCUGAAACAAUAAUGAAACACAACAGCAGCUGUUCUGGUCUACAGAUGGCGUGUGACCCUUUACUUAAAGAGAUUAGCUUCGGGACAGCAGAGGGCGGACGGGUGCAAGAUGUGAGGGAGAUGGCCAAGGCGGCUGGUCAGUCGUUUCCAGGCUUCACCCCUCCAAAGGGGGAGACCCAGGAGCAGGUGAAGGAGCGGGUCAAAGCAUUUUUGGAGAAAGUGCUCCAGCAGAUUGGGGUCGAACACUGGCACGACAGAGGGGGGGAUGAAACCUCCUCAUCCACUCCACCAGAAACGUCUCCUGUGGAGGGAAAGGCAGACGAUGGGGUCAGGGGCCUCCCUGUCCAUGCUUUGGUUGUCACCCAUGGGGCCUACAUGUGUGUGGCAGUGCGCUACUUUGUGGAGGAGUUACAUUGCUCCUUGCCUCCGGGUUCUGACAAAGCACAUAUGUUCUCUUUGAGUCCUAACACAGGUCUGUGUCGGUUUAUAUUAAUCAUGACAAAAGAGGACGACAGGUUCAAAUUGUCAGGGAUCCGCUGUGUGUUUGUUCACAGAGGGGACCAUGUCACACAGUAGGAGCUAGAUGAACGGAGGUUUUUAAGAAAUGUAAAAGAGAUAACUAAGAGACUCAACACUGAGUUUGAUAAUAUUGUAGGUUAUGUUAUUUAGAGGUUCUGUAUUUAUUUUUCAUUUGGUGCUCAAUCACCUCACAGUACAGUUUAUUCAAAUUUUAAAAUUGACGCCAAAGUUUUGUCUUGUUUGCUCAAUAUAAGCAUGUUUUGACAACAGAAUUAUUUUUUUAAAAACGUGUAUGUCAGGUGUUGAGGUGCUGUUUAUUAUUGUAUAGUUUAACAGUGGCAGUAUGUUAAGAAAACAUUACACAAUACUUAAAUUAACUGAAUUCAGAAAUCCAGUUUAUACUGACCAAGAUAUAGAUUAAAUAAUACAUAUAGUGCAUAUGUUGCAACUGUAACAGUGUUGACUUUGUCAUUGUUGUGUGUUAACACUUGGUCAACAAGCACAAACAGAUUCAAUGGCUGUUGUCACUGGGAAUCUGUAAUUGAAACACUUCAUUAUGUAGGAAUACUGUCAGACUUGAGCCGUUUAGUUUUCUUCUUAAAGAAGGAAAUGUAGCUGUGGAAACCUGCCAACAGGAAUAGAAGAAGUCUUUUUCUGAUAAAACAUCCACAUUCAGUCUACGCUGGUUCUCAUUUGUCUUUAUAUGGACACACAGCCUGGAACGUUUUCAUUUCAGUAAAAGUGCUUCUUCAUUUACA